AUGAAUGGUACGAACAUUUCUGAUGAGAGUGAAUGGGAAUGGGCUCCAUUUAUGUGGACAUGGUGGGUCAUAGUUCAACUCGUACUUUCUAUAACCGGUAUGGUCGGAAACCUUCUCGUCAUCGCCGUGAUCGUACGCCGACGUCGCCCUGUCCAGUUCACGGCCAACGUUCUUAUCGGCAGUCUUUCAGUAGCCGACUUCUUGACGUCGUUCUGGAUGAUACCACGCCCCAGUUUCAUAACGGUGCCUCCAAACUGGAAGGGCAUGCUCUACUGCCGGAUCGAGUAUUCAAAUAUUUUAAUGUGGAUAUCCGUGGUUGCUUCAGUGUUCAUACUCACCGUAAUAUCCGUAGAGCGGCUAGUUGCUGUCAAGUAUCCGUUCCGAUUCAGGUUUCUAUUCACAGUCAAACGAUCAGUCCGCCUAGUUGGACUGUCCUGGCUCGGAUCCGCCAUUUUGAAUCUCUACAUUCUGACUAUUUCUAGCCACGACAGCAUGCACUAUACCUGUGUGACUAAAUUCCCGACACGCGGAGUGCACGUGACUGCGGGAGUCCUGCUUUUCAUGUUUGAAUACCUGAUUCCAGUCUCCAUCAUGACCGGCAGCCAUUUUGCCAUCAUCCGGGAACUUCAUGCUCUGGCGCGGAGUUUUCAGGUCAACGGACACGUGCCCCCACCCUCGCUGAAGCUCUUACAGACAAAGCCAGCCUGCACUUGUCUUGAGUUCACACUAGCUGUUGUUUAG